AUGGGGGCCCCAGGGAGGGUCUGGCUGGGGGCGCUCCUCUGCUGGGGGACCCUCGGGCUCCUGGAAGCCAACGAAGACGCCCGCCUCUUCAACACACUUUUUGCCAACUAUGACAAGAGCACACGGCCGGUGCGCAACGUGGAGGAUGUGGUGGAGGUGUCCAUCAAGCUGACCCUCACCAACCUCAUCUCGCUGAACGAGAAGGAAGAAACGCUCACCACCAACGUCUGGAUCACACAAGAGUGGUACGAUCAUCGCCUGGACUAUGCGAGUGAGGAUUUUGGUGGGGUUUCCGCCCUUCAGGUCCCAGCAGACCAGGUUUGGCUCCCGGACAUAGUCCUGGAGAACAACAUCGAUGGUCAGUUUGAAGUGGCUUAUUUCUCCAACGUCCUGAUCUACCCGGGGGGUUCCAUGUACUGGCUGCCCCCGGCCAUCUUCCGAAGCACCUGCUCCAUCGAGGUCACCUUCUUCCCAUUCGACUGGCAGAACUGUUCCCUCGUCUUCCGGUCUCAGACGUACAGUGCCCAAGAGGUGCAGCUGACCUUCGGCCUGGACGAUGAGGGGAACCCCCUCCAGGCGGUCCACAUUGACCCCGAAGCCUUCACAGAGAACGGCGAGUGGGCGAUCCAGCACCGCCCGGCCCGCAAGGUGCUGGCCCCUGUGCCCGGGAUCGAGGUCCCCGGCUACUCCGAGAUGCACUACUUCCUCAUCAUCCAGCGCAAGCCACUCUUCUACAUCAUCAACAUCAUCAUCCCCUGCGUGCUGAUCUCCUCCCUGGUGGUGCUGGUCUACUUCCUGCCCGCGGAGGCCGGGGGACAGAAGAUAACCGUGAGCAUCUCCGUGCUGCUGGCCCAGACGGUCUUCCUGUUCCUGAUUGCCCAGAAGGUUCCGGAGACCUCACUCAGCGUCCCCCUCAUUGGCAAGUACUUGAUUUUUGUGAUGGUCGUGGCCACCCUCAUCGUCAUGAACUGUGUGAUUGUGCUGAACGUCUCGCUGCGCUCCCCCAGCACCCACCUCAUGUCGGAGCGCCUCAAACACGUCUUCUUGGAGGUUCUUCCACGGUACUUGGGCUCCACCUUGGAACCGGCAGGCGAGGACCCUUGGGAUGCCCCCCAGGCACGCCGACGCAGCUCCUUUGGGAUCAUGCUGAAGGCAGAAGAGUACAUCCUGAAGAAGCCCCGCAGCGAGCUUCUCUUCGAGCGCCAGGGGCAGCGGCACGGCCUGCAGCGGAGACCCGGCUACCAGAUGCCCUACAGGCUUGACGUGCAAAUGACCAGCACUUUGUACAAGAACUUGGCCAAUGUGGCGCCAGAAAUCAAGGAGUGCGUGGACGCCUGCAAUUUCAUCACUGACACCACCAAGGACCAAAAUGCAGAGAGUGCGGAGAUGGAGAACUGGGUGCUGAUUGGACAGGUGAUAGACAAGCUGUGCUUCUGGGCCGCCAUCUUGCUGUUCAGCAUGGGGACCCUGGCCAUCUUUCUCAUGGGGUAUUUGAACAUUGUGCCCGACAACCCUUUCCCGGAGUAG